AGAUAAUAGAUGUGACGUUGAAAUUUUAGCCGUGCAGCGUCAGAGCUCCAUAAAUCCACCUUCUUCCUUGCUCCUUCAACGACGUUCCUCAACUCAACUUUCCGGCCAUGGCUUCUUCCACCACCUCAGUUCUGUCUCUUCUUCUUUUAGUUUUUUGCACCGCUGCCGCCUCCUCCGCCGCGACCAUCAGAAUGUACCCGAAAGAGCACGUGGUGCUGCCGGACGGCGACCCGAGUUGCGAGAGCUGGAAGUUCGCCGUUGAAGUGAACGCCGCCGGAGCGUGGAACUCCGUGCCGCGGCCGUGCGUCCAGUUUGUCCGGGAUUACUUUAACGGCGACCGUUACCUUUCGGACUCUGAGGCGGUGGCUGAUUACUCCUUGAGCUUCGCCAAUUCGCUGAAUGUGGCCGGCGACGGCGGCAAGGACGCUUGGGUCUUCGACGUCGACGAGACCCUCCUUUCCAAUUUACCUUACUAUAGAACUCACGGGUUCGGAUCGGAGCCGUACAAUGACACUUCUUUCAACGAGUGGGUGAAUGAGGGUGUGGCUCCGGCACUGCCGGCCAGUUUGAGGCUGUUCAAUAAGGUGAAAGGUCUUGGAAUAAAGAUUUUUCUUCUAACUGGCCGACCUGAAGCUCAAAGAGCCAUCACACAACAAAACCUCCUUGACGCAGGCUAUUCUGGUUGGGAGAAGCUUAUCCUCAGGGGAGCUGAUGAUGAAGGAAAGAAAGCUAUUGCAUACAAAUCAGAGAAGAGAUCUGAAUUGGAAGAAGAAGGUUACAUAAUCCAAGGAAGCUCUGGAGAUCAAUGGAGUGAUUUGGUGGGCUAUGCUCUCUCUAAGAGAUCCUUCAAGCUCCCAAAUCCAAUGUAUUACAUUCCCUAAGCUUCUAAUUGCCUGCCCUUAAUCCUUCCUAUGGCUAUCAAUAAAUCUACUUUCGCUACGUUUUUCAAGUUGGUUUCUAAUAUUUUCAAAGUU